CGCCCGGACCCGCGCCGCGCCCCGCUCCCCGCGUCGGCGCCGUCCUCCCGCCUCCUCCUCCAGAAAAAGUCGCCAUUUUGGUUCACUGCCUUCGCCCCCCCGCGGUCGGCGCUUCCGGGCCGGGCUGCAGCCCGUGUCCGGCCUCAGGUGACAGAGAUGACUGAAUCCUUCUGUGUUGGAGGAGGCCGUCGGCUUCAAGGAUCCAGCAAAAGUGGACCUGGAAAGGGAGGCAGCCGGAAGGAGGUCCAGCUUCCCUUGUUGCAGGACCCACCAAAGCUAGGGAUGCCAGUGGUCCACAGUGGACAUACAGUGCCUAGCCAGGCCCCACUCUGCUUUGACCCCGGAAACUCAGCCAGUGACAAGACAGAAGGGAAGAAAAAAGGGAGGCCGAAAGCCGAGAACCAAGCUCUCCGAGAUAUUCCUCUCUCUCUGAUGAACCAGUGGAAAGAUGAAUUCAAGGCACACUCAAGGGUGAAGUGUCCAAACUCAGGGUGCUGGCUAGAGUUCCCCAGCAUCUAUGGGCUCAAGUACCACUAUCAGCGGUGCCAAGGGGUAAGGGGCUGUGGGUCAGGGAAGAGGAGGCCUGGGGGUGCAUCUGGGCAGAGGCCCCCGGGGCCCCAUCCCACACCUGCCCUCCCUGCCCAGGGUGCUAUCUCAGAUAGGCUGGCCUUCCCUUGCCCCUUCUGCGAGGCCGCAUUCACCUCCAAGACCCAGCUGGAGAAGCAUCGGAUAUGGAAUCACAUGGACCAUCCCCUACCUGCCCCAAAGCCUGGCCCAGUCAGCCGGCCGGUCACCAUCAGCCGGCCUGUUGGGGUCAGCAAGCCCAUCGGAGUCAGCAAACCUGUUACUGUUGGCAAACCAGUGGGAGUCAGCAAGCCCAUUGGCAUCAGUAAGCCAGUCACAGUCAGUAGGCCUAUACCAGUCACCAAACCUGUCACAGUCAGUAGGCCCAUGCAAGUGUCUAGGCCUGUGCCAGUCACCAAGCCCAUCCCAAUCACCAAACCUGUGCCACUCACCAAACAUAUGCCAGUUACCAAGCUUGUGACAGUUUCAAAACCUGUGCCACUCACCAAACCAGUACCAGUCAGCAGGCCUAUUGUGGUCAGCAAGCCUGUGCCGGUCAGCAGGCCCAUCGCCAUCAGCAGACAUACACCACCCUGCAAAAUGGUGUUGCUGUCCAAAUCUGAGAACAAAACACUUCGUGCUACAGGCAAGAACAGCAAUAAGAAAAGGGCUGCAGACAGUUUAGACACCUGCCCCAUCCUGCCCAAGCAGACAAGGCCAGAGAAUGGAGAGUACGGCCCAUCCACCAUGGACCAGAGUGUGACCUUCCCACUGAGUACAGAUCCUAGCAACAGCUCCCUGCUGCCAGGCAGCAGGCCCCUGAUGGGCAAAGAGGCACUGCGGCCUAUAGGCCCAGUGUCCCAGCCAGAGGAAGACCCUGAGCGCACAAAGCACAGAAGGAAACAGAAAACACCGAAGAAAUUCACAGGGGAGCAGCCAUCUAUCUCAGGGACCUUUGGGCUCAAAGGCCUGGCCAAAGCUGAAGACAAGGCUCGAGUUCAUCGCUCCAAGAAGCAAGAGGGAUCAGGCUCUGAGGAAGUGCGGAAGAAGGUGCUGGCCACCCCUGUCACUGUCAGCAAGGAGGCACCAACUCCUGUGGCCCACCCAGCCCCAGGUGGGGGCUGCCUGGCAGGACCCAGGACAGGUCUCCAUGGUGGCCCUGAGGAGCAGUGGCAGCGAGCCAUCCAUGAACGGGGGGAGGCUGUCUGCCCCACCUGCAACGUGGUUACCCGGAAGACACUCGUGGGGCUCAAAAAGCACAUGGAAGUAUGUCACAAGUUGCAGGAAGCACUCAAAUGCCAACACUGCCGAAAACAGUUCAAGUCCAAGGCUGGCCUCAACUACCACACCAUGGCUGAACACAGUGCCAAGCCCACGGAUGCUGAGGCCUCUGAAGGGGGAGAACAGGAGGAGCGGGAGAGGCUUCGAAAGGUGCUGAAGCAGAUGGGAAGGCUGCGCUGCCCCCAAGAGGGCUGUGGGGCCGCCUUCUCCAGCCUCAUGGGUUAUCAAUACCACCAGCGGCGCUGUGGGAAGCCACCCUGUGAGGUAGACAGUCCCUCCUUCCCCUGUACCCACUGUGGCAAGACUUACCGAUCCAAGGCUGGCCACGACUAUCAUGUGCGUUCAGAGCACACAGCCCCGCCCCCUGAGGAGCCCACAGACAAGAUCCCGGAGGCUGAGGACCUGCUUGGGGUAGAACGGACCCCAAGUGGUCGCAUCCGACGUACGUCGGCCCAGGUUGCCGUGUUCCAUCUACAGGAGAUUGCAGAGGAUGAACUGGCCCGUGACUGGACCAAACGACGCAUGAAGGAUGACCUUGUGCCUGAGACUGCACGGCUCAACUACACUCGGCCAGGUCUCCCCACACUUAACCCUCAGCUGCUGGAAGCAUGGAAGAACGAAGUCAAGGAGAAGGGCCAUGUGAACUGUCCCAAUGAUUGCUGUGAAGCCAUCUACUCCAGUGUGUCCGGCCUCAAGGCCCAUCUUGCCAGCUGCAGCAAGGGGGACCACCUGGUGGGGAAGUACCGCUGCUUGCUGUGUCCCAAAGAGUUCAGCUCUGAGAGCGGCGUCAAGUACCACAUCCUUAAGACCCAUGGAGAGAAUUGGUUCCGGACCUCAGCUGACCCGCCUUCCAAACACAAGAGCCAAGACUCCUUGAUGCCUAGGAAAGAGAAGAAGAAAAGUCUGUCAGGAGGAAAGAAGCGGGGCCGCAAACCCAAGGAACGGUCCUCCGAGGAGCCAGCAUCUAAGCUCCCCCCUAACAGGGAUGACUGGCCCCCAGGAGGCAGAGACAGGGGGUCCCGGAGCUCCACUGGGAAGAAGGCUGGAGCUGGGAAGGCACCUGAAAAGUGAGCCCAGUGGGCAGGGCCUACCCAUCAUGCCCUGCAUUGUCUAGAUUAGGGGAGCCAGUUCUAGACUGGUCCUCCACCUCCAACACACACCCCCAUCUGUCCAGAGGGUUGACAAACUACUCUGCUCUCCCUGGAUGUGGUCCUUCCCCUGUUUAGGCUGCCUCAACAAGGCUAGAUGGGGCUCCCUGGGAGUGCCAGGGCAGCAGCAAAAGUGCAAUAGGCUGGAGGACCCAGCCAUUCCUACAAGGAUGUUCAUGGACCUGGCAGGAUCUAGAGCAUUGGCAUCAUGGGGCAUGAAGUGUGCUUAAAUAGUCAAAUGGUCCCAGUUUCCACCUUCCUCUGGCCCAGUAGGAUCCCCAGUCUGACUCUUUCAAGGCUCAGACAUUCCUGGUGACCCAUAGUUGUGGACUGAUGAGGCACCUGAGCAGUCUGGCUGCCAUAACUUGGGCCUCGCCUCCACCCAGCACUGGAACUCCAGUACUCCCAGCUACCUCCCAGGACAGACCCUGUCUACUGCCAUGCUGCCCUGACAGCCACCCACUCAUCUGUCCUUUUGCAUCCACCUCUGACCCCUUUGCUUCUGUUUUCUACCUCUCUGGGCCUGCUUCCCUCCUCUGUCAUCCCUGCUGUGUUUCAGGCCUCACCUCUCGUGACUGGCAUGAUCAUGGUGGAGUAUGUAGCCUUCCAGGCAAGGAAAGAACUCUGUUCUACCUUCAGGGAGGUCCAGACUAGGAUGUUUCACCUCCGGCCUUUAGUUUCUAAUCUUGUGGUUAGCGCCCUUAGGGGUGCCUCCCUGGGGCUACAGCCAUGUGAAGUAGAGGCUGGCCAGAAGGAGCCUAGCUCAGGAGUAGCACUUAGGAGAGACUGCAGAUGUCUGCUAUGCUAGGUGGGCCUAUAAGCCAAGUUCUGUGGAAGGCCUCUUUUUCCCUUUUAUUUUACCUGCCCAUGGGAUCUAGUGCCAGUCAGUCAUUUGAUACGGAAAUGGAAGGAUAGUGAAAGAUGGGGUCUCAGCCAGUGUAGCAACUCUAGGCUGGGCCUCACCCCUUUUUUUAGGGGCCCUGAGGCUAACAGGGUCUGCAGGUUGGACAAGGCCAGGAAGAGAGAUCUGGCCUCCUUCCUGGUUCUACCUUCUAACCCUAUCCCCAUCUCCCAACCCUGCUGUGAGCCACACCAGGAGGAGAAGGCUGGAGGGGGUUGGAAUGAGCUUUUUAUAGUGUUGGUAGGGGUGGACUGAGGUCUCUGCUUCUGAUCCUGGAUGAUGUGAAUUUUGAUAUUUGCCUCUGUGUGUCUCCUGGAUGUUGUUGAUGCAGUCUUGUUGCUGUGACAAGUAGCAACUUUUUUUAAAAUUCUGUUUUUUUUUUAUACAAAACUCAACAAUCUUAAUGUCAUGGUGCUAAGGGUUUCCUGGUGCCGAAGGUAUUGACUAGCACCUGCCCCCUAGCCUCAGUAGGGAGCGUUUCCAAGAAGGCCAGCUCCAGGGAGAUUUGGGGUGAAGUCCUUGUACACAUGUAUUUAGAAAGGCUCUGAUUCUGGGCAAGGUAACCAUGGCCUGGUGUGUUGUAGGUGUUGAAUAGACUCUCCAAUUCCUACACACUUUGACAUGGUCAGAGGGUGGCUACAGAGGUGGCUAUGAUCCAGUGUCAAAGGGUAGGCUGGGGCUUUGGCAUGGUGGUGUGCAACUGUGGAAGGGAAGGGGGCCAAAGUGCACUUUUCACAACACCUCUGUGGGGUGUGACCAUCCACCCCAGCCUCUCAGGUACUUGGCACUUGUAGGGAGAAGAAGUAGGACCUGGGUUUGCUGGGGGUUGAGUUUCCAGGACGUACCAUAAAGCCCAUAUACAGGCCUUGAUAUGGGACUUGGCUUCUGGUUAACUUGAUGUUAGCACUUUAACUCAGUCUUUGAGGUCAGUUUUGGGGCAGCUGUCAAAAGCUGCAGUUGGAUAGGUACCAGCCUGUGGUGACUGGUAAGUAGUGGCAAGCUAGACUGUAAAGCUCUUCCAAGGUGGCAGGGCUCAUCAGUCUGCCCACCUCCCUACUCUGGCCCAAAGGUAACCACCAGCCUACACAGAUCCUCGGUAAGAGGGACCAUCAUGGCAGAGCUACAAAAGGUGGUGGGCAUAAACUUAGAGGGCCAAACCAACCCUGGGUCCUUGGCAAAAUGCAAAAGUCAGGGUCUCUACAGAUCUACCUCUGGCUCAGCGCUUGCCCUGCCCUAAAAAACAGAAGUGCCAAGGGCAGACAUUUCAUGCAGAACCAGGGUGCACUUUAUGUUCCUGCACAGGCAUAUAAUGGUGCCUCCUGGAGGCUUUGGGACCUUCCUGUCCCUAUGGUGGUUCUGAAGGGAGAGCUGUUCCCCUGUUGGGUGAAACCCAGGUCCCUUGCCCUGGAGACCUGGUUUCCCAGGUCACCCCUCAUACCUGACUGCAGCGCCUCCUAAACUUUGGGUUCCUUGGUUUGGUUUUAAUGCAGUUCUCAUUACACAAGUGCAUUUCUGGCUAUCACUUGUAACCAUAGAUAUACAUGCAUAUAUAUUCUAUCUACAAAGUGUUUUAUUUGCAAGAUGUUUUGAGGUGAGCUUUGGUCCUGCCCGCCUUGUGAUCAUCUGUCCCCAUCCUCAUCCCCUGGCCCGGAGUGGUGCGGUGGUGGGCCAUCAACUAUGUAUUAAAGUCACUGUAUCAAAUAAAUGUUUAUUGAUUUUUUUUUUCCAGGGAUUUUGUGCGGCUGAGUUUGUGUUGA